AUGACACAUCUCGACAUCUUCCUCCAGAAAGGGCCCGCCAAUGGCGACCUAGUCGCUGGCUUAGAGGAGCUACGACGUGUCGUCCUUCUCGAUGGCAUCCCCUCAAAUAGUGAUGGAAUGUCUGAAUUGCGCAUGUACAUCUGGAUGAUCUUGCUGAACGCCCCACCACUACAAACUGACACCUACUUGGAUCUGGUCCGCCAGGGAGCGUCGCCUGCCUAUGCGAAGAUCCGAAAUGACACCUUUCGAACGCUGACGACUGACCCCCUCUUCAGGCGGCGGGUUACGGAGAACAGUCUCACCCGCGUGCUGAACGCCAUAGCAUGGAAGCUGCACGACGCUAACGAGGCACGAGUGAAUGGCUGGCUGUCCCCUCCCACUCUUGGCGUUCCCAAAAGUCUGGACGGCUCUGACAACAUGUUCCAAUCCCCUGCGUCGAUCAGCACAAGACACACGCGAGGUUCUGUAACGGGAACCGAAGGCUCUGAGGCUGGCGGCGAGUCGACCGGGUCUGUGGGCUACGUGCAAGGUAUGAAUGUUCUCGCCGCCCCAUUUCUGUAUGCAGCCAAGAGCGAGGCCGAGGCCUUUGCUGCUUUCGACCGUUGCAUCACUCAUGAGUGCCCUGGCUAUGUCCGCGGUAGUAUGGACGGUGUGCACAAGGGUCUUGCCUUGGUGGACCAUAUCCUCGCUAUCGUCGAUCCAAAGCUGUCUGCGCAUCUGCUCAGUAAGGGCAUGAAGGCUGAAAUCUACGCCUUUCCGAGCGUCCUCACAUUAUGCGCUUGCACGCCGCCAUUACCGGAAGUGCUUCUUCUGUGGGACUUUCUGUUCGCCUACGGACCGCAUCUAAACCUGUUAUGCAUUGUGGCGCAACUAGUCCUUGUACGGGACACCCUACUAAACAGCCCGAGCCCGAAGCCCGACUUCAAGCCUUUGCGAGCCCGUAAAGUGAUCGACUAUACCGUCAAUUUUGCUCGUAAGAUCCCGGAUGACAUCUACACGCAGAUGUUAGCGCAUGCGAAAUGA